CUGGGUUGGGAGGGAGCCAUGCUAUGACAUGAGAGGAGUACGGCAGAACCUCGCAGACAAGGUUAUCUCCAGAGAGAAGUUAAACAGAAAUCCUCUUGCUGGGUUUGCUCAUCUCUAUCCAGUUCCAGUUCUUAAAGAAUUAACAACAACAACCCAGUUCCAAGCUACAGGUUAAUACAGAUUCUCGGGCCGUUCAAAAUUCACCAGCUUCUGUGUGCUCCUCAGUGCUUGAUUAACAGCAGGAGCCAAGCCCUUUGAAUAGCGCCUCCCCUCCCUUCCCCGGGGUUUAAAGGUAAUCCACGUGCGGCUGUUGUGGACUUCGGAGGUUGUAGGCUGCCAUCGAGUGGCAGAAACCAGAUACAUUUUUCUUUCUGCGUGUCGGCAGUGCACAUUUGAAGCCGAAAUAAAGAAGCACUAAAAGUCUCCCUCUGGUAAAGCCAUCCACAUUUUAUAAUUAAGGGCCUGUCACUCUAGGAAAAGUAACCAGAAUUGAUUAAAAUUUGCACAGAAUUGGCACUUCCAAAGAGUGUACAUUUCCAACUUCCAGUCCACGCGCGAGCGUCCCUUGGCCAAGGCCAGUCCUCACUGGGCUGGGUUUCCCUUCGCCCCCUCCUCCGACGUGGCGGCGUGGAGAUCUUGUUUGCCAAUCGCUGAUGGAGGCAACAGAUUCGGAUUUCGUCACUGACGUCCUGAGGCCGCUCAAAAUUGCAAACCAGCUUUUGUAACUCAGGAAGUUGAGGCAGGAGCGCCAACUCUGACGCCGGCCUAGCAGGGCAGAAUCACCACGCCCCACAAACCAACGCCGGGAGGCGGAGGCUUCCCGCACACAAGCGACUGCGGCCGCAAGACGCACGGGACAGACCAACUUUCCGGGGACUUCCAGGCUUCGGGGGAGGAAGCGCCCUAUGUUUGCGGGCAGCAUCUGAAGAACGAGCUGCCUGCCCUUCCGCACCUCCGGAGCCAAGAGGAAAAAAGGUGAGGUACCAUCCCUUGCAAGGACAUGACUCAGGCCCCAGAACCUUCUGCUCCCCCGCUCUUUGAGGCAGACAUAAUCCCUGGCUAUGAAGAGGCCACUGGAAAUAGUGAAAAAAAAGACUUCCCUUCUCCACCUGACACGGUGCCUGGAGGUGAAGGCAAGCCAUGGGAUGCUCUGGAAGACUGGAAUGCAAUUGCCAUUUCAGAAGAGGUAGCCAAAAGAGCAUUUGAGAAGUACGUUGCAACAAAGUGCUGCUACAGCGAGGUCCCAGCUAGAGAGAUGGAGAUCCGUGAGGCACAGUCAUUCAAUACUUACAGAUAUUGUUUGGAAACAUUUGUUGAAUCGAGGUCUUCUAAAUGGAAAACGGAGCCUUAUCGUGGUGAUCCUGUCGAUUCCAGUCCUGAUGGCAUGGCUCCUUACCCUUGGGCUGUGAGAGUGGAUGCUUCUGCCAUGUUUAAGAAUGAAACCAGGAAGGUCAUCGUACCUCACACGUCAUCAGUAAUGACGUGUCCAAGCUGCCAUGGACAGGGUAAAGUUAGCUGCAGUAGCUGCCAUGGAUGUGGGACGCAAUCAUGCUUUUCCUGUUCUGGAAACGGAGAGUGCAGCAGCUGUUCUGGAACUGGAACUGUUACGUGUACUUUCUGCUCUGGCUGGGGGGAAACAACAUGCAGCAGAUGCACGGGAAGAGGAAAACUGCUGACCUACCUCCAACUAAAAGUCACAUGGGAGAACAAGCUUUUUGAAUAUGUGAUGGAUCAUGGAUUUGGAUUUCCUAUUAAAGUUUUCAAAUCAGUCAAGGGACAGCAAUUGUUACUUGAUGAGCAACCUAUGGUAUCCCCAGUGGUAGGUUUCCCUGCAGGUAUCAUAAACGAGGUCUCCCGGAAUGCCCUUAACAAACAUCAAGCUAUGUUUGCAUCCACAACUCCAAUCUCAGGGCCGGCACUGCAGGACCCCAGCACUGCUACCUGGAGCGUCAUUGAACAACCUUCCGCUGAGUUUCCAAGCACCAGCUGGAUACUGAGGCAGAGGCAGACAAUUGAACUGCUCUAUCUUACCAGGGUGGAAUAUGAGUGGCAAGGGAAGUUCUACUCUUACUACGUGUAUGGAAAUGAGCACAAGGUGUUCACGGAGGAUUAUCCCCAGAAGUGUUGCUGCACUCUCAUGUGAUCCAGGAGGACUCCCAGCUCUGCCUCUCGGCCAGAGCUUUUGGAUCAUGGGUCCUUUCCCAGACAGGUGUUCCUAAACUGUGAAGGAUGGUUUCCCAUUUUAAAAGGAUGUAAAAGUGUAUUCUGUUUGCUGAGCAGAAAAUAAAACUCCAGGCCUGCCGAAUGGAAGUCGACUCUGGCAAUAUGCAACUGGGCCACAGGUUGCUGACGCACUUUUGACAUGCAGCUUUCGGAGCAUAUUUUGCACUUCUGCUUGCAGUUUCCAAGUCUACUUGGCAAACACAAGAAGCUAUCGUAUCACAUUGUAUGAAUGGUUUAAAUAUAAAAAGCCUUUAUGUAAAUUUCGUUUAAUAUUUAUAUUUUAUAGAAUUGCCAAGGAAAGGUUAUUUUGGUUUUAUUGUUUGCUAUUUUCAUACUGUGACACUGAGUGGUUUUGCUCAUCCUUUAUGUAUUUUGGGACUUAUAUCACCUUUUAAUCUUUUUCAAGGUGCAUAACAAGAAAAGAAACCUUGCAUUGUCAACUGUUUUGGGUCUUCCAUGGAGAAGAAGAUCAGUAUACAAAUUCUAAAGAAAAGUAUAGGUGAUUUAUCUCAUUAAUGAGGGACCAUCUUCUCCUUUAUCAAUCUACCUGGUCACUAAAGGUUUCCUGGUCUAUCCUGAGGACAGACCUAGGAUCUGGUUGGAAUAUUACAGUGUAGGGUCUUUGGGAUGGUAUAUCCCAUUCUGUGGAACUCCCUGCCUCGGGAGGUCAGACAGGUGUGAGCAUCAUGUUGCUUUUGGCACCUGCCAAAGGCAUCUUUGACAGAUGCCUUCUUGGUAUGCUGAUCUAAUUUACUGGUAUACUGAUUUAAGCAACAGUGGAUACAAUGUUUUAUUCCAUUUACCUUUUAUUGUUGAUUGCUUCAGAAUCUACACCAGAAUAUGGAGUGCUGCAUAUGUUUUACAAAUAAACAAAUGCAGAGGUGUACCUUGAGUAGCACUUCAGGUCAUUGACAUUUGGUAUUUCGUAUGAGUAAAUGGUUUAAAACUGUGAAAACCCCUAAACAGUUUGGAGCCAGGUUUUUGGGGAGAAUGCCUUCUCCCAUACAUGCCUGCCUGAACCCUGAGAUCAUAAUUGGAGGUCCUUUUCGGAGAGCCCGCUCGAAAGAAAGCAAGGAGGGUGCUGCUAGGUAGGGGAAGGGCCUUUUUGGGCACCCCACCUGGGCACCCCACCUGUGGAAUCAGCUCCCCAAAGAGGUGCACUUGGUGCCCACUCUUCAUUCCUUUCAGCACCAGAUGAAAACCUUUUUUCCUAAUAUUUCAAUGGUUAGAUUUUUGUUUCCAUUUGAACUGUGCUUUACUACUUCUGAUUUAGCUGCUGUUGUGGAUGCAUCAUUGUUUCCUUGUAUUACUGUAUGAGUUUAUACUCAUUGUAUUACUGUGAUUAUAUAAUGAUUGUUUUAUACGCAUUAUAUCUUUUGAGCCUUUGCACUGAUGGGUGAUACAGAAAUAUAAUAAAUAAAUAUUAAACAAUAUGAUAAAAUAAACACCAUACAAAAGCGAA